GCUGGUAGGCUUUCAGUUGGUUACAUCAGCUGUGCUGGGAAGUCUGGUGCCGGUUGUUGGUGAUUGAGAUUCAGUGAACCGGCAUGAAGCUGUUCGUGAGUGAGGGGAACCCGCACGGGGUGAAGGUGCUGGCUGCCGCCGGUCUUUGGGCCGCACAGGUGGAGAUCCAGAGACUGCAGCAGGAGGAAAAAGUCGUUCCUUUCUUGUCACAGCCCAAACUGCCAGCACUAGAGCUCGAUGAUGGGAAUUUUCUUUUUACUUCAAAUGCAAUCUGUAGGUGUUUUUCCUUGUCUGCUGAGAAAGAGCCGAGUGACCUCAUUAAUCAGUGGCUAGAGUGGGAAGCUACAGAGCUGCAGCCAUCUAUCUCUGCUGCUUUGUAUGCUCAUGUGGUGCAGGGGAAGAAGAAAGAAGAGGUACUACAAACAGUUAAUAAGUCUCUUAUCUACAUUGCUCAAAAGCUUACAAAGAAAGCAUACCUUGCUGGUGAUGCACUGUCAGUUGCUGAUAUUGUGGUUUGGGGAGCCAUAUACCCUCUCAUUGUAGAUGGAGCAAGCCUGCCAGAGGAGCUCUCAUCUUUAAAGAGCUGGUUUAAAAAUGUAACCGAAUUAGACCAAUGUCUAAAAGCUGCUGAAUCGCUUCUGAAAGGCCAGGGUCCCUCUGUGUUUAAAGCAUUUCUCCAAAAGCUUCCCGCACCUGUACUGGUGUCUGAGAAAUCUCUCUCCAAUGAGCAGGAGGGUGAAGAUACACCUGCCCGAUUGCUGUCUGAGGAGGAUAUUGCUGCAGCUGCUGAAGCUUGGAAGAAAGGUCUAGCUGAAGCUCCAAAGCCAAAACCGCAGCAGCACCCAAUCCUGCCCAUAGAAGGCGAGAAAAACUUACUGAUUACCAGUGCAUUACCCUAUGUGAAUAAUGUCCCUCACUUGGGGAACAUCAUUGGCUCUGUGCUCAGUGCUGAUGUCUUUGCCAGGUACUGUCGACUAAGAAACUGGAACACUCUGUAUGUGUGUGGGACAGAUGAAUAUGGCACAGCCACUGAAACCAAAGCAAUGGAGGAAGGGCUGACCCCACAGCAGAUCUGUGACAAGUACAAUGCUGUCCACACUGCAAUAUACAAAUGGUUCAACAUCUCCUUUGACUAUUUUGGCAGAACAACAACAUCACACCAGACGAAAAUCGCUCAGGAAAUCUUCCAUCGACUACUGGAAAGAGGCUUCUUGUUGAAAGACACUGUGGAGCAGCUGCGAUGCGAGACCUGUCAGAGGUUCUUAGCGGAUCGUUUUGUGGAAGGAACAUGCCCUUUGUGUAACUAUGAGGAGGCCAGAGGGGACCAGUGUGACAAGUGUGGAAAACUUAUCAAUGCUGUAGAGUUAAAGAGGCCUCAGUGCAAAGUGUGUAAGCAGUCUCCUGUAAUUAAAUCAACAGAGCAUCUUUUCUUAGACCUGCCUAAGUUAGAAGAACGUCUGGAGAAAUGGUUAGAUCAGUCCCUUGCAACUGGAGAUUGGACUGCCAACGCCCGUUACAUAACCCGUUCCUGGCUCCGUGAUGGCUUAAAGCCACGCUGUAUUACUAGGGAUCUGAAGUGGGGAACACCCGUUCCAUUGGAUGGCUUCAGGGACAAGGUUUUCUAUGUUUGGUUUGAUGCCCCAAUAGGCUAUAUUUCAAUUACAGCCAAUUAUACAGAUGAGUGGGAGAAGUGGUGGAAAAAUCCUGAGCAGGUCCAACUCUACAACUUCAUGGCAAAGGACAAUGUCCCUUUCCACAGUGUCAUUUUUCCAUCAUGCCUCCUGGGAGUCGAGGACAACUAUACAGUGGUCAACCAUCUUGUAGCCACAGAAUAUUUGAACUAUGAAGAUGGUAAGUUCUCCAAGAGUCGAGGAGUGGGUGUGUUUGGUGACAUGGCUCAGGACACUGGUAUCCCAGCUGACAUUUGGAGAUUCUAUCUGUUGUAUGUGAGACCUGAGGGACAGGACAGUGCAUUCAGCUGGAGUGAUCUGAUGCUAAAGAAUAACUCUGAGUUACUGAACAACCUGGGAAACUUUGUUAACAGGGCAGGCAUGUUUGUGCAAAAAUUCUUCAAUGGCCAAGUUCCAGAGAUUGAGUUACUUCCAGAGGACAAGAAACUCUUGGCUCAGGUCACGGCAGAGCUACAGCAGUACAACCAGCUGCUGGAAAAAGUUCGGAUCCGUGAUGCCCUGAGGGCUAUUUUGAACAUUUCUCGUCAUGGGAACCAGUAUAUACAAGUGAAUGAGCCAUGGAAAUGUAUUAAAGGGACACAGCAAGAACAGAAACGUGCAGGAACAGUAACAGGAUUGGCUGUAAACAUGGCUGCUUUGCUUUCAAACAUGCUACAGCCAUACAUGCCAACAAUCAGCUCCGUCAUUCGAGAGCAAUUACUUAUGCCAGAGGAAGCUAAUGUAUUGACCAGUGACUUCCGCUGCAUACUACAAAGUGGACAUCGCAUUGGGAAUGUGAGUCCACUGUUCCAAAAACUAGAGACUGACCAGAUUGAGUCCUUGAGGAAACGCUUUGGAGGUGGCCAGCUGGAUGCUGACAGUAAAGAGACGCAGGUAAAAGCACCAGCACCCACUCCAGAACCUGCCAAAGAAACGCCAAAGGUUGGUGACCCCCAGAGAAUACAAGAGCUAACUCAGGCUGUGGAGAAACAGGGUUAUCAUGUACGCGAGUUAAAGAGUAAGGCUGCAGAGAAGUCACUGAUUGACAGUGAGGUGCAAAAGCUGCUGAAGCUGAAAAAAGACUUGGCAUUGGCUGAAGGGAAGUCACCUGAUCCACCUGCGCAGAAGGGGAAGAAAAAGAAAUGAUUUCUUUGCACUACAAAC